AGACAAGUGUGGUCGUAAGUGCCUAAGACCACAGGUUUAUUUCGUAUUUUUACAUAAAAAUUGGAGUGUUUGUCGUAUAUUUGUGAUUUACGAACACGUGGUUCGAGAUUGGAAAAUUCCGUUCAGGGUUUCCCAUAGUGCCUUUGCGCUAUGCAAAUUGCUAUUGUUUCGAGUCAUGUGCGAAACCUGCGCCGCCAUUUUGCGUAGAUUUUUUCCCAUUGACUUUGUACGCGGUGUCUUGUGUGGUAAGGUGACUAUCCUUGAUACGUCCCGUAAGCCCACACCUUGCGCAACGCGUCCCAAGUUAUUUUUUCUUUCGGAUUAAGUCCUUUACAAAAUUAAACAAAUUUAAUCCCACCUUUGCGGUGAUUGUUAUAUUAGAUUUAUUCCUGGAGAAUUAUUUUUAUCAUAUUUGAACUCAAGAUAUUUGUGCUGAAUUGCGAGAUUCUAAUUAAUUUUCCAGUCUUCCAUGUUCUAUGCUUGAAUUCCUGUGUGAGUGUGUACGCUUGCCGAGGGUGCAUUCUGAUUGAGAAAUUUGCAUUCUGGAAUUUAUUUUUCCAUAAGAAGUUCAGGGCAAUACUUCUAAAAAUAUAUCUAUGAAUAUUAACAACUGUUAUAGUAUUAUUGCUACAUGUUUUGACACAGAUUUCUGACUAAAGUUUCAGUUUGUCAAGAUCGAUUGGGAAUAUUUUUUUUAGAUCAGAAGCAAGUUGAAGAUUCAGAUUUUAAUGCCCCAAAUUUUGGAUUUAUCCAAUCAAUUUUCUUGAAGGCAGCCGAUUUUUGGCAAAUACCUUUUCUUUGCUCCUUUUUUGGAUUUAGACUCCAAACUAGAUUUUGAGUGAUAUUGGUCACCUUUCUGUGUCAAUUCAUACUCCAUAUACUCUGUUGCGAGAGCUUACAUAGGCUUAUAUAUUGUAAUGACUGAGAGGUUUUCAUAGCAAUUGUUAACUUCUUGGACUUUUUAUAGGCACAGCUACAACCUUUGGAAAUAAAGCAAUUUGUUUUUUGAUCAAUUUGUUUAAAAACAAAACAAACAAAAAACCCUCAAAACUAUCCGUUUUUUGGAUUUGACCCGUAUACUUUGAACUUUUCCUUUUCCAUAUUUGGGAAUAAGAAUUAGUUUCUGUCUUUUCUUAUUUUCCCCACGAUGGAGAGAAUUAAAGUGAACGUGUGUACAGAGGAGGAGUUGCGAACUGUCCCUGGGGUGGGUGAGAGAACCGCGGCAGUUAUCUUACGCCGUCGUGAGGAAUUUGGGGGGCAUUUAUCUAUAGGGCAUCUUUUGGAUAUUCCCACAUUGAAGAAUCAAGACUUACAUCAGAUAUUUGAUUUUACAUCUGCGGAACGUUUGGCUAGGCUCCAGGUGCAGUCCCCUAUUCCAUUUGCCGCUGAUUAUUUUCCUCCCCCUAUUACCCGUUCUGUACCUGCGAGUAUGAGUCCUGAAAUGCCUUUGGAUGGGGGGCUCUUAGAUAGACAAUCUAUGGGAAGCACUAGGCAGUAUCCCACAUCCCAGGUUCGAGGUGAUGCAACCCAAUCUAGGGCUUAUAGCGUAGGACCCAAUGCUAGGAAUACCCAGGCUGGGACUCGGGGAGAGGCUGGUCGGAUAGGCAAUGUAGGUAGGGCAAGUGGGAGUAACUCUCACAGACCCAGUUAUACCACACCCUGGAACAUGGGGGGGAAGGCAGCAUCUUCAAAUGUCCCCAAGAGUAUCAGCUAUGAUGGGAGGGGAAGUUGGAUGGCAUUUAUUCAGAAAUUUAACAAAUUUGCGGAUAAUGCACAAUGGACCACUGCGCAACGGCAAGAUAACCUUUGUUGGUGUCUGCAAGGCCGUGCUAGUGAGGCUUUUGCCGCAGUAACGCAGCGCGAUCCCGGGAUAGAUUAUUUUGAUCUCUUGGGGAAGUUAGAUCGUAGGUUUGGUGCGCGGGAGCUCCCUGAAACAUCGCAAAUUGAAUUUCAAUAUGCACAACAGAAAUCAGAUGAAGAUACUGUUGAAUGGGCAGACCGCGUAUCCCAUCUUGCUAUGAGGGGUUUUCCGGAAUUACCUGAUAAUUUUCUCGAGCAACAAUGCAUAAUGCGUUUUUGUCAAGGGUGUAGGAAUAAGGAUGCGGGGCAGUGGGCGCUUAACAUGAAGCCUAGUUCGCUAGAAGAGGCAGUGGGAAUUGUUCAGUGGACUACCCAUACAUCUCGGUUAGUGCAUGGGAAAACAAGUGAAAAGAAACCCGCCGUUAGGCAGACUUUCGGAGAAGAAGUUUGGGGGGAGGUGUCCAUUUCGAAAGUGGGUAGGGAGGAGUCAAAACCCUAUACUCCAACUCGUAAGUGGUCUUCACCGUCCGCGCAGGUGUCUCGAACACAAUCAAGUCAAGUGUCGAGAACACAAUCCACACCUAAGUAUCAAUCUCAGGGGGGCAGCGCCCAAGAAGAACUCCAGGACAACCGUCUGGGUUCACUGGAAAACAAAAUAGAUAGGAUGGAGGGACACAUAUCAGAGAUGCGGACAUCAAUUAACAGGCUGACCCAGGUCGUAAAUGCCUUGUCCGCUCUCGUAGUAAAAGGGGCUGCGGAAACAUCUGCUACUAAAUCACCAGCCCGUACCCCCCUUAGGUCCGAUAAAUGUUUCAGGUGCAACCAAAGUGGGCACUUUCAAUCGGAAUGCCCAUUAAAGUCUCCUAAAAGUGUAUCCUUUGCGUCCUGUGACCCAAACUUAGAGGGGUUGGAAACUUUGGCCGCACUCCAGCCCAAUCAGAGGGAGGCCGGGAGUCCACAGUAGAUGCAAAAUCAAUCAAUGCCAAUGCUUUCGUAGGCACACAAAAGUUACCCCAUGUACCAAAUUCUCCCGAACUUGAUUGUUCGUCACUUGGCAUUAAGGGCGGAGAUCCAUCAAAUGAAACCAAGGACUCCAGCCCAAAUUCUGACCGAGGACUUGCCUCAACUUUAGGGGGUAAUUUGGAAUGCAAAGUAGAAGAAUUGGAGUAUGGAGGUGACAAUCCAGAACCUAUUAAUAACACUAUUAAUGAUUCUAAUGACAUUUUGGAACCUGAUAUUUCGGAACCUGAGCCCCUGACAAAAGAUUUGGGCAAAGAUGAAAUAGUAAUUUGUCAACUCAGUUCAUCCUCCAGUUUUUCUAUUCCCAUUCAAGUCCAUGGGAAGUCUAUCUAUGCCAUUGUUGACACUGCGGCAGAGGUUACUAUUGUUUCGGAUAGAGUAGUGGCAAAAUUUCAAAAUCCUCCGCCUGUUAUCAAAUCUAUAACAUUUAAUACCGCGGCUAGGGACAUGAAAAUGGCCGGAAAGUUGGUAGGCCCAGUAGAAAUCCAUAUAGGGCCUCACAUUUACAAUGAUCUGAUUUUUGUUGCCCCUAUUGUUGAUGAUAUGCUAUUGGGUGUGGACCUAAUGUGUAAGUAUGGGUUUUUGAUUGAUAUUCCUGCCGCAGAGUUAGUCAUUAGGGGAGAACGGAUCCCAAUGACCUUUGGACGCGAGCGCGAUCACAGGCGCUAUCCUGUACGAUUGUAUGGGACCACUUUGGUGCCGCCGUGGUCUGCAGCUCGAGUCAAGUGUUCUUGGGAUACCAAGUUUGAGGGUGCAGUUUUGUUUGAACCUGAUUGUAGCUUACCCAUUUUAUUUCCCCGUACUUUACAUUCAGGGGAUUCUGAUUUCUUUAUAUAUGCCGUCAACCCUACAGCAAAACCUGUUGAAUUGUCAAAAAAUAAGACUGUAGGAGAGGUAUGUUUAGUUUCAGAAUUGGGAGAGCAAAAGAAAAGUUAUGAAGAAACAGAAGAAGGACUUGUUAUACCCCCCCAUUUGGAAGCCCUAUGGAUAGAUUCUGGGACCCAUUUAGAUAAUCAACAAAAAGAGAAAUUGUUGGGUUUAUUGUGUAAAUAUAGUGAUGUGUUCGCCCAACAUGAAUUUGAUUUAGGUAGUUUUAAUUUAAUUGAACACCGUAUAGAUACAGGAAAUUCUGUUCCAGUAAAACUCAAAAUGAGACGUACUCCUAUUAAUUUUGUGGAUGAGGAGAAGAAUCAUUUGCAAAAAAUGAUUGAUGCUGGUGUUAUAGAACCCUCUGUUUCAGAGUGGGCCGCACCACCCGUACUUGUUAGAAAACGAGACGGUGGGGUUAGAUGGUGCAUCGAUUACAGGAAACUCAACGAUGUCACUAAGAAGGAUGUGUACC